CCAGGGUAGCCAGCGACGCCGCAGCGCCACAAAGCGCGGUACCGUAGCUGUUGAGCUUACUGGGCAGACCGCUAACAGAAACUGCAACUAACUGCGUUUAGUUGAAUCAAUGUUCAAGACGAAGUGAAAGAAGAUCACAGGGCGUCAUGGAGGAUUCGCAUCGCGCAAACGUCCUGGUGACCUCGUGUUUGAAAACGCCGGUAGAUCCGCACACUAAAGCCCCGUUAGCUCAGUAUGAGCGGGAGAGAGGACUCCCAUACGCGGCAAGACACCCGCCGGAUAACCGCGACUAUGAGCACGACUCCGAGUCGGACCGCAGCGACGGGGAGGAGGGCGGGGGAGAUCGAGGCGACCCGCCGCUGACGCGGGACCCCGGGGUGCCGUCCGGGGAGCACAUCGACCUGCGCCAGUUCUGCUCCUCCAACCAGGAGUACUACAGGAGGCUGGAGGAGCUGAAGAGGGCCCACCUGCGCACCAUGGCCGAGCUGGAGGGAAUGUACCGGAACAAGCUGGGGAUUACAUCCACCGCGUGGCCGCCGGGCAGCGUCACCGAGGGCAACCACAGGUCGAAGUUGGAGAAGAACGCUGAAGCGCCCGUGUGUAAGCUGCGCAAGGCCUUCUCCGCGGUGGAGCUGACCCACGGGUGGGGCUGCGGUCUGUCGGACUCCUCGGAGGAGGAGGGCGUGGCCGACAACGACGCGGCGAAGGAGAAGAGUCAGCUGACCUCGCCGAAGGAGCGAAUCAGAACCAUGUGGCAGGACUUCACCGUGGGGGAGCUGACCCCGCUGGAACGCCCCGCCUCCUGCUCCUCGCUCGGGAGCGAACCGGAGGGCCGGGGGGGCGGGAGGGGGCGGGGCAAGGGGAGGGGCGGGGCGGGGAAGGAGGACGGGCCGGAGCGGGGCACCUGGCGGCACAGGGUGACGGUGCCCCGGCCGUUCCGGAUGACGGUGCGCGAGGCGGAGAGGAAGCGGCUCGGCGUGAGGUCGCGCUCGGAGGUGGAGCUGGAGAACGCGCUGCUCCGCAGGGAACUGGCCGAGCUGUCCGAGUGCCAGAGGAAGUUCCGGGCCAGCCCCGUGCCCGCCCACGUCUACCUGCCGCUGUACGAGGAGAUCGCCGCCCGCGACCAGGAGCGACGAGAACGGCGGCAGCUCUCCGGCCAGCGCCACGCGGGGACCUCCCAGGAGCCCUUCAGCUUCCUGGAGCGGGAGAGGAGGAGGAAGGAGGAGAAGGAGGCGCAGCUGCGGAGCCUCCCCAGGGAGGAGGAGGUGGAGAGGGGCUUCCGGGCCAAGCCGGUGCCGCGGCGGGUGUACGACUCCACCGUGAGCGAGCGCAUGCAGGAGGACCGGCUGUACCGCGCCAUCAAGAUGCAGAUGAGGGCGCAGGAGCUGCUCCACAGCUCCUCGCUCCCCCGCGGCAUGACGGCGGCGGCGGCGGCGGCGGCCCGGCGGAGCUCCAGGCCGCGGGAGCCCGCGGAGGAGGAGCGGACGGAGGCCGACUUCCGGCCCAGGAUCAACGGGGAGGUGCCGGACUUGGACGGGAGCUACCGGCGCUUCCGGGAGCAGCUGCGCAGCCGGCGCGACGUCCGGCCCACCACGGCGUGCGAGCCCUUCCGGCUGCGCACCGCGCAGACCGCCGCGCGCCGCCACCGCCGCGUCCCCGCCCCCGCCGUCCCGACCGGCCCCGGGGGGGUCGCCCGCCGGCUCCGCCUGAGCCCCGCCCGCCCCCGAACCGCCAGCUCCAGCCUCUGCUCCUCCCUGUCCGGCAGCCUGGAGCUCCUGCCCGCCAGAACCACGGACGCGGCCAAAAAGCGCCAGGAGGCUGUGAGGAGGGUCCUGGAGCAGAGGACGAAGGCCAAGGAAGAGGAGGAGGGCUGGAGGCGAAGGCAGAGGCAGAGAGAGCGGAGGCUGCAGAGGGUGGUGUCCAGGCGGGCCCGGGCCAACGACCCCCAUCUGGCCCUGUCCCAGACCUGCAGGGCCAAACUCAGGCAGUUCAGGAAGCAGGACCUCCAGCGCAGGAAGGAGUAUCGGGAGGAGAUGCGGGAGAUGCGGGAGAGAGUGAAAGAGAGACCUCUGCUGCUAGAACAGGUGACGCAGAGGAACGCCAAGCGGGCCGCGGAGAGGCGCUACACGGACACGCUGCGGGGGCACGGACUGAGCGAGGACUUCGUCCGCGGCAUGGCGCCGGAGCGGAAACCACGGCAACGGCCGCGCGGCGCGCCCGACGACCAGUCCUCCGUCGCCAGCGAGGAGAAGCCGCGGAGGUGGUCUUUUUGUUUAAACAGAGGGUUUGUAACAGCAGGUGACUCCUCCUUUUUCCCCAGUGGAAAGGGGGACGCUGUUGCUGGACUGUCUGCAGGAUCAGAGUCCCCUGCGGAUGACUACCCAGACGACUACGAAGAGCUCGAUGAUCGGGAACUGUCUGGAGAGGAGAAGGGGCAAGAGGAAGAGGAAGGUGACAGCAAUAAAGACAGUGAGGAAGAGGAGGAGGAGGAGGAGGAUGACGACGAAGCCGAUCGGGAAGUGGAUGAGAACGACCAGUAGGGAGAGACGGAAGACCAUUGUUUAGACGGAGAUGGGAGAGAAGGAGGGAGAGGAGGAGUCGGAGGUCAGAGAGAGGAGGAGGGGCAGUUGUGUGAGUGACAGAAAAAAGGGCGGGGAUGAGGAAAAUGGGAGGGACAGGAACAGUAAUGACAGAAAAGAGAUGAGGCAUCUGCUUCCUGAUGACUAGCCUCUCUCCCUCUUUCUCCCUCCUC